AUGCAAGCAGGGAAAGUAUUGGCGUACGCAUCAAGACAACUACGGAAGCAUGAAGAGAACUACCCAACUCAUGACUUGGAGAUGGCGGCAGUAGUAUUCGCACUAAGGAUUUGGCGGUCAUAUCUCUAUGAAGAGAGUGUUCAGAUAUUUACGGAUCACCAAAGCCUUAAAUAUUUGUUCACUCAGAAUGACUUGAAUCUUCGACAAAUACGAUGGAUGGAGUUCAUAGCGGAUUAUGAUCUCAAAAUCCAAUACUAUCCCGGAAAGGCGAACGUAGUGGCUGACGCACUAAGUAGGAGACGAAUGGAAGUCAGCAUUGGAAAAGAAUUGGAAGCCCUCAACAACGAGUUCCAAAACAUAAGAUUAUCAGACUUAGAAGGAGAAUCAAGCGAACCACUGGGAUUUCAAGCAGUCAACCAGGCAGGAUUAAUCCAUAGGAUCCGAGAAGCCCAAUUCAGAGAUGAACUUAGAGAAGAGAUUCUUCGGAUUGCUCAUCAAUCUACUCUCAGUAUACCUCCUGGAAGCACCAAGAUGUACAAACACGUGCGGCAAUAUUACCAUUGGCCCGGCAUAAAGAGGGUAGUGGCUAAAUGGGUAGCAGAAUGCCAAACGUGUCAACAAAUCAAGGCGGAGCAAAGUCUACCUAUACCUUAA